AGAGUCAGGACAGCGAGUCUGGACGCGCUCUCGCCGCUGUGUCCCGCUGAACUUCUGUGAAUGACAGACGUGCAGCAGACGGACACUAAUCUCUCCAGAGUCCAACACGACUGUCUGGAAUGAUGGGUGACGUUCAGUUUGCUACGGGAUCUCAUGUCUCCAAGAUGACUCUGACUCUGGGACGAGGUUCCCCUAGCAAAGAGCCUCCUGUUUUUACCCUCCCGCCAUGUAAUACCCGCGUCAGCCAAGGGGGUACCGCGCGCCUUGAAGGGAAGGUACGUGGUUUUCCAGAGCCCCAGGUUUGCUGGUUUAGGAAUGGGAAGCUACUGGUAGCAGGAGAUCAUUAUUCUAUGGAACAAAGUGCUCGUGGGACCUUUAGUCUGGCAGUCCAGGAAGUCCAGGAUGAGGAUGGAGGAUGUUACACAUGUGAGGCGGUCAAUGAUGCUGGGAGCCGCCAGGUUACCGUGGAGAUCAUUGUGGAAGGAAAUGCAGGAAAAAAAUACAGUCUUACUUCCUCCAACAGAGCAGGUGGAUCUCUGGGUGUCCCUGCAAUAGAGAAUAGACCCAGUAUCUGGGGUGAAAGCCCCCCAAAGUUUGUGACUAAACCUUCUCGCCUGUAUCUCAAAGUGGGACAGAGUGGCAAAUUCUCAGCCAAGAUCACGGGACGACCCCAGACACUGGUGCAGUGGUAUAAGGCAGAAGAGAAGAUCCAGCAGUCCGAUCACUAUAACAUGUUUGAGAGGCCAGGAAUGCAUUUCCUGGAGAUUCGCCACAUGUGCUCAGAGGACGCUGGUGUGUACACUUGUCUGGUGGCCAACAGUGCCGGGAAAGCCUCUGCAACCGCCGAACUUAUUGUUCAAGAUGGAGACACUGAAACAGUCACCGUCCCCAAAGCAUCUCAAGAUCUCUCGAAACCAUGUGUGGUCAAGCACAGCACCAACGGACUUGAUAUUGAACAGAAACCUUCCAGCACAUUCAUCCGAACUGCAACCACAGAGACAUGCACACCGCCGUCUACUACCACUGUGACCAGAACAGACGAACCAAAAAUAACAGCAUCACUAUCCUCACAACCUAUCAGCAAAUUCACAGAUGGAAAAUCAGCAGCUGGUCAGAAUACAUCAAACCUUGUGAAUGUAAGAAGUCAGAACAUUGUAAAGAAUGAGUCACGUGGCAUAAAAAGAGCUUCGGAUUCGUUCCGAGAUCCAGAAGAGAUUCCUGAAGCAUCACGGCUGGAGUCCAGCAGAGACGCCCGCCAGCAAGCCAGAGAGAGCAAAGUGGACAUGCUAGAAACUCCGCCAAGUUUUGACUCCCAGCCUCAGAGCCAAGAGGUGGUGCAGGGUGAGAAGGUCACGUUCAGAUGCCAAGUGUCUGGGUCUCCAGUGCCGACAGUGAGCUGGAUGAAGGAUGGAGCUCCUCUCAGACAGAGAUCAGGCGUCAGCACGCGACAGGAGGGCAGUCUGCACGUCCUGUGUUUGGAGAGCGCUCACAUAACUGACACGGGACAGUAUGGCUGCACUGCUGUCAACACAAGAGGAAAGACUGCGGCCCACUGGAUCCUGACUGUCAUACGUGUGAGGGUGGAGGCGAAGCCCCCGGUGUUCAGCUCUCCUCUGAAAAAUUGUUCAGUAUUAGAGGGACAGGAUUUCAUCCUUCAGUGCUCAGUGGAGGGCAGACCACUGCCUGAGCUCACCUGGCUGCACAAUGAUCAGCCCGUUCCAUAUUCCCACACUGUGUUUGAGAAUAGUGCGGCUCAGCUGACAGUUAAAGCAGUUGUUUUGGAGGAUGCAGGCGUGUAUUCAUGUGUCGCAGUGAAUGAUCACGGCAGAGCUGUGUGUACAGCUCGUGUACUGGUUAACGCUAAGUCGAGUGUUAAGAGGUCUGCUGCUCCUCCUGUGACUGAUGUGAGGAGACCGUCUGCCCCGGUGUUCCUCAAAGGUCUGCAGGAUCUCAGAGUCAUGGACGGCAGUCAGGUCACCAUGACCGUGGAAGUGACAGGAAAUCCUGCCCCUGAGGUGGUCUGGCUGCAUAAUGGAAAAGAGAUCCAAGAGUCUGAGGAUUUCCAUUUUGAGAGGAAGGGCUGUCGGUAUACUCUCUUCAUACAGGAAGUGUUUCCUGAGGACACAGGGACAUACACCUGUGAGGUGUGGAAUGACGCCGGAGUCGCUCGGACUGAAGCCUCACUCACUGUACAAGAGCCUCAAGAUGGAGUUCAGCCCUGGUUCAUCACUAAAACCAAGUCCUCUACCGCCUUCUUGGGUCAACACGCUCUGCUCUCCUGUGCGAUCGCUGGCGACCCCUUCCCAGAAUUCCUCUGGAUGAAGGAUGAGCAGGUAAUAUCUGGAGAUGGGGACUUUGAGAUCCUACAGAAGGAAGAUGUUGUCUCAUUGCUCAUCAGGAAAGUGAAGACACAUCAUGCUGGAAACUAUGAGAUUUAUCUCAAGAAUAAAGUAGGAGAGUGCAGGUCAGUGGCCACUCUGCAGGUCAGCGAGGACCCCAUGCCAUCUGGUGACAAUUCUCAUAAAUGCCGAGGGGUGGAGAGGACUGCACCAGGCAGGGGAGGACAGCCAGAGACUCCCAGCGCUGCAGCGUCGCUCUCUGAGCCACUCUGGGAACACGACAGUCAGGAUCAGGAAGAAGAGGAGGGGUGUGCCAAACGGCGUAUAGAGACAAAAGAGCAUCGGGAAGACCAGAUCCGUCAGCAGGAGGCCGAGCAGAUCGACUUCAGAACUGUGCUCGGCCGCAAGGUCACCACUAAGAGUGUCUCUGAAGAAGACCUGAAGGAGAUCACGGCCGAGCAGAUGGACUUCAGGGGGAACCUCCAACGGCAGAUCAAGCCCAAGACCCAGACAGAAGAGGAACGCAAAGUCAACUCUCCACAGCAAGUGGACUUCAGAGCAGUGCUGGGAAAGAAAGGAAGCCAAGGCCCAAAACCUGCUCUUGGAUCCUUAGUGAAAACACAACCCAACAAAACUGAAGCUGUUGACUUCAGAUCGGUGUUAGGCAACAAGAAAAAACUACCAAGCCAGGACAGGAAUGGAGAAAGCCAAGGUGAUAAAGACACCCGAGGAAAGGAAAAUGAUGUGAAUUGUAUGGAUGGAGGGAUAAAAGAAAAAACAAAAGCAAUUGGAAAGAAAGAGCCCAUUUUUACACAAAAACUGAGUGACGUGACGGUGUUGGAUGGGGAACGUUUGCAUCUACAGUGCCAACUUUCAUCUGAGUCUCCCGCUAAAGUGACAUGGACGCUUGAUGGAAAACUCAUCAAACCAUCCAAAUUCAUCGUCAUUGCUAAUGAGGGUGGUAAGUGCUCUCUGACCAUUGAUAAAGCUCUACCUGAGGAUGAAGGAAAAUAUGUGUGCAGGGCGGAGACCAGCGAGGGCAAGACAGAGUGUUCCUGUACGGUCCUAGUGGACGAUGAGGCCAAAAUAAAGAAACCCCCACCCAAAACGCUUCCUAAACAAGGUGCUCCUCCUCAGAUCCAGCAGUUUCCUGACGAUAUAAAGAUCCGGGCGGGUCAUGAGGUCAGUCUGCUGUGUCAGUUCACUGGAACUCAGCCCAUCAGCUGCACCUGGCUCAAAUUCCGCAAACCAAUUCAGGAAGGUCAGGGCAUCUCGGUGGUGAGCACAGACAGCAGCAGUCAGCUGACCAUCACAGAAGGACAGCAGGAGCACUGCGGCUGCUACACCAUCGAGCUCAAGAACAGCCACGGCGUGAGACAGGCCGCACUCAACCUCACUAUAGUCGAUAAACCCGACCCCCCUGCCCGCGUCCCAGCAGCCUCCGACAUCCGUAAGUCCAGCCUCACACUGUCCUGGUACGGGCCGACAUACGACGGCGGCAGCGCCGUCCAGUCCUACAACCUGGAGACGUGGAGCUCUGUGGACAUGAAGUGGACAGAUCUGGCGUCCUGUAACAGCACCUCCUAUAACGUGCAGAACCUGCUUCCAGACAGACAGUACAAGUUUCGAGUGAGAGCAGUGAAUAUUUAUGGUGUGGGAGAGCCCAGUGCCGAGUCUGCGCCCGUGCAGGUGGGGCUGGAGGCUGAAGGGGAAAAUAAGGAAGAUGAAGCUGAGCCCUCAGAUGACGAAUCAGAGAAGGAACCGGAUUACAGAAAUGUGACUAUCAGGACAGACGUGAAGGUGAAGGACCUGUAUGAUGUGGAAGACAGACUGGGCUCAGGGAAAUUCGGGACUGUUUUCAAACUGAUAGAAAAGUCCACUAAAAAGGCGUGGGCUGGCAAAUUCAUAAAAGCGUAUUCUGCCAAAGAAAAAGAAAAUGUCAGACAGGAAAUUGCAAUCAUGAAUGACCUGCAUCACCCAAAGCUUGUGCAGUGUGUCGACGCUUUUGAGGGAAAGACUGACAUUGUAAUGGUGCUGGACAUUGCUGGGUUGAAUUUCAUCCAUAAGAAAGGCAUCGUCCACCUGGAUCUCAAACCUGAGAACAUUAUGUGUGUCAAUAAGACCGGCAGCAAAAUCAAACUCAUUGACUUUGGACUAGCACGCAGACUCGAGAAUGCUGGCUCUCUGAAAGUCCUGUUUGGCACCCCAGAGUUUGUGGCUCCAGAGGUGAUUAAUUAUGAGGCCAUCAGUUACGCGACAGACAUGUGGAGUAUAGGAGUGAUCUGCUACAUCCUCGUCAGUGGUUUAUCUCCCUUCAUGGGAGACAAUGAUAACGAGACGCUGUCUAACGUGACCUCAGCCACGUGGGACUUUGAAGACGAGGCAUUCGAUGAGAUCUCAGAUGAGGCCAAAGACUUUAUCGGUAACCUGCUGAAGAAAAACAUGAAAGCCCGUCUGAGCUGCGAUCAGUGUUGCCAGCACCCCUGGCUCAAACAGGACACCACCAACAUGGAGGCCAAGAAGCUUUCCAAAGAGAGGAUGAAGAAAUACAUUCUGAGAAGAAAGUGGCAGAAAACAGGGCAUGCGGUACGAGCUAUCGGUCGACUGUCAAACAUGGCAUUGAUGGCGGGCGUUCAUGCCAAAAAGGGCUCCCCCACUGAAGAGGAUAAAGAGUUUGCUGCUGAAAUGGAGGAGAAAACUCUAAUGAAACCCACGUUCAGCUCUGUUAUUAAAGACGUUGAGGUGGUGGAAGGCAGUGCUGCUCGAUUCGACUGCAAAAUCGAAGGUUAUCCUGACCCAGAGGUGGUGUGGUUUAAGGACGAGCAGCCGAUAAAAGAGACGCGCCAUUUUCAGAUCGAUUAUGACGAAGAUGGAAAUUGCAGUCUUGUUAUUUCUGAGGUCAGCGGUGAUGAUGACGCAAAGUACACCUGCAAGGCCAUGAACAGCGUCGGGGAAGCCACCUGCAUCGCCGAACUCAUCGUGGAGGUGAUGGGAGGAGAGGAGGAGGAGGAGGAAGAGUAGAAGACAACCUCUUUUGUCACGUUUCUCUUUUUCGCUUGGUGCCUUUUUCUCACUGUCUUUCGGACUUUCAGAUGAUGAGGAUGAUGAUGAUAAUGAUGAUGAAGACCUCAGAUCACCUUUGGCUGCAUAUCCUUUAUUGCACUUCUAAUUUGUUCUUUUUGUAUUUAUGCAACAGCCAAAGUCAGAUAUCAGAUUUGUUUAUCACAUGACGUCAAUAUUACUCACAUUCCAUUGGUUGCUUGCUCUUAAUUGUCAUGUUUUACUCCAACCAAACAUUUCUAAAGUCACAUGUGUGUUUGUGUGAUCAUCGCUCGUGACCGUGUGAACUGAGCAGCACUUCCUGUCUGUUAGCACAGCUUUACUAAGGCACUGUAAACUCAUGUAAGGUUGUGUGUUUUUGUUUGGAGACAUUUUCCUCCUUUCACCAUCUGUCAUAGUAGCAGCACUCAACAGAUAUUUGGAGACAUGCUAAAUGUGUGUUUAUUUUAUUAGGAAUGUCUGUAGAUUAUAUUUCUUUAAAUGUUUUUGGAUAUAUACGAUAAAGUUUGAUAAAGUGCAGAUUGCAUUGUAAUGAGAACACUACAAAUGUAGUUAUUCACUUUUAAAGAAUAAAUUUUGAUCACAAACAAU